AAGGGCCAGUGGGUGGGAGGGGAGGAAGGAAGGAAGCAAGCAAGGGCCUGGUUCAGCUGCUGCUGAGGGGACCUGGCCUCCCCUGUGGCCCUUGGCACCCCUCUCCCAGCAGCCCUGGACCAGCUGCUUCUUUCUUACUUUCAGAUGAAGAAUUUAUAGAUUUCUGAUUUAGUCCAAGUGAUUCCUCAUCAAAUGGAGGGCAAGCAAUCUCCCACAGAAAUUGAUGGUGGUGGUGAUAACCUUCAGAAUUUACAAAACAAAAGGAAAAGCCAGUCUGCUUCCAGUUCAUCAAGAUGCAUCCGCCAGUCUCUUGAGAAUCUUGUGUCUAAUUCAUCAGUUUCUUUGGAUUUGAGUAGAAAGGAUCUACAGCAUCUAACUGAGGAUAUAUACAACUUAUUUAAACUUAAAUAUUUGCAUCUGGAAGGAAAUGCACUGUCUGUAAUUCCUGAAGAUUUCUUUGAGCAGCUGCCAAAUCUUGUUUGGCUAGAUCUGCGGUAUAACAGAUUUAAAGAGCUUCCCUCUGGAAUUGGAUGCCACAAGCAGUUGAAAACUCUGCUCCUAGAAAGAAACCCUAUUAAAAGACUACCUGUUGAACUUGGUAACUUAACCUCACUUACAGCCUUGAAUCUCAGGCACUGCCCUCUGGAGUUUCCACCACCUGAAGUGAUACAGAAGGGACUGCCCAUUAUUUUAUCCUUCCUUCGAAAGUGCAAGAAUAAAAAUAAUGACUAUUCAGAACCAUUUAGCCCAGACUUGUCUUCUCCACUAGAACAAGAAGCAAAGGCCAUUGUUAAAGAAUACAAGAAAAAAUGCGACAGACCACCAGAGCGUAGGAAAGCCUUCAGCGAAUUGUGGAAACAGAUGAGCUUUCUUAAAAUGCCUCCUGUUGAAAAGUUAAACUUGACAGACGUCAUGAAAUCCAGUUUGGAUUUGUCAGAUGGAUGGCCUAAUGAGGAAGAAAUGAUACGAUUUCAGAAGCUAAGGGAUGAAUUUAUCCAAGAUGAAAAAGAAGAGUAUUUGGCUAACAAUUUGGUAGCCAACGAAUCCAUGCCUGCCCUCAGGAGAACCAGGACAAAAGAAAACGUUUCUCAUAAACCAUCCAUGGUUUCAUCCAGGGCCAAGAAGAAUAUGUUUCCUAUAAUUUCAUCACAUGAUUUGAUCAUUCAGAGUAAGAGGAUUGAAGCAUACAAACUAGCAGCACUAAAGGAAAUGAAGGAGAAACAGGCUUUAAUUGAACAAAGGCGAAAAGAUAAAGAAGUGCUUCAGCAAUGGAGAAGACAGACCAAGAAGAUGAGAGAAAAACAGGGACUAUUGUACACAUUUUCACCUGAAAAGGGAGACAUGGGGGUUUCACAACAUGCACCUUAUGCUACUGAUAAUGUCAAAUAUCAUGACAAGCUAGAAGGCUGGAAAGAACCACCCAGACAAGAUGAAAACACGGAGAAGACAAAUAUAAAUGCCAUGAAAACAACAGAUGAUUUAAGAGCUGCCAAAUAUAAGGAAGUGGAAAACCGUAUUAGGCAACAUAUGCUUAUGAUGAAAGAAAGAAGGAAACGGUUAACAGGGAUACCCCAGGAUGAUAUGGAGAGAGCAAAGGAAGACUUUGAAACCGUUGAAAAGCUAGAGGAGGAGAUAGCUGAGAUGAAAAGAGACCAUCACAAGGAGUAUCGGUUCACUGCCUUUACAGGAGAGCUGCCACCUCCAUCUGAAAAUCCAUUACCAGCUCCCAAGGCUCAAAAUAUAUUUUUUAACAUGACAUUUUAAUUAUGUAAAUAUUUCUCAUGUAGGAGCCACCUGCUGCUGCAUACUUUUCAGAUAAUCUGUUUUUAAACAGACUUCAUAAAAUUGUUGUUUUCAA